GGGAGACGGCAGCGUGGGCGGCUGCUGGAGAGAGGGAGAGCCCGGCAGAGAGGAAAGAGAAACUGGGAGAGGGAGGAAGAGAGAAAGUGAGGAAGAGAACUUGAAAAGGAAAGGAAACAGAUGUGUCUGAUCAGGGAGAUAGAGGAAGAGACUGAGGAGAACGGAAGUAGAUGAGUGGGAUGGAGUGGGGGAGGGGACGGGGAAGUGAUUAGACAGCAGCAGUCAGGUAGGGAGAGGGACUGGGAGAGGUGACAUAGGCAGAGGGGAGGGGAGAGAGAGAGAGAGAGAGGAAGAGACAGAGACACCGAGAGACACAGUGGGAGAGACAGAAAGAGACAGAGAGGGGGGAGACAGAGAGCUCACAAAACAGAGAAGAAAAGAAAGCAAGUAUCAGGUGAGGAGACCAACUCUGAGAGGCAGUGUCUAAGACACAAAAAGAGGUGACAUCCUGUCACCGGGACACCAGAGCUGGCUCUCGAUGGAGCAGGGCCGACCCAGGAGCAGCCUCAGCCUGACCAGCAGUGCUUCCACUGUAUCCUCCCUGAGCAGCCUGAGCGCCAAGGCAUGUGCAGCUCUCCUCAGCCUCCUUGCCUGCUUUCUAAGAGAAACCACUCGGGAGCCAGUCCCAGGAGAAGCCCUCAUUCAUUUCUGUUCCUACUGCACCUCAGAAGCCUACUCGUGUGGUACACAAGGUCCAUGCCUUUGGGAAAAGGAACAAUGCACUUCGGCGAGACCCCAACCUGCCUGUGCACAUUCGUGGCUGGCUGCAUAAACAGGAUAGCUCAGGCCUCCGGCUGUGGAAACGCCGUUGGUUCGUCCUUUCAGGCCAUUGCCUCUUCUACUACAAGGACAGCAGAGAAGAGAGUGUCCUGGGCAGUGUACUGUUACCCAGCUACAGUGUCAGGCCGGAUGGGCCAGGAGCCCCACGAGGCCGGCGAUUCACCUUCACGGCAGAGCACCCGGGCAUGAGGACCUAUGUCCUUGCAGCUGACACAUUGGAAGACCUGAGAGGUUGGCUUCGAGCACUGGGAAAGGCCUCUCGUGCAGAGGGGGAAGAUUGUGGACUACCGAGGUCCCCUGCACGUCCCAGGCCUGGGGAAGGUCCCGGGGGUCCCGGAGGACCCCCCGAGGUGAACAGAAGGGAAGAGGGGCGAACCUCAGAAUCACCAGAGGUAGCUCCGCUCUCCAGAGGUCCUGGCAGACAUGAAAUGCACGCUCCCGGCUCUUCAGCUGAUCUGCAGCCUGACACCUGGAGUCGGAGAACCAGGAGCCCAGAGCCGUUCUCACCCCUCUCCCGGCCUCCCUCCCCUCUGAGCCUUCCCCGUCCUCGUUCUGCUCCGGUCAGGCGACCACCUCUCUCAGCAGGAGACAUUUCAUUUCCUGCUCGACCGCACACUCCCUUGAGUCGCAUCGAUGUCCGACCUCCUCUGGAUUGGGGACCCCAAAGACAGACCCUCUCCCGACCUCCCAUUCCACGCCGAGGACCUUUCUCUGAAGCAGGCGGAGGACGGCCACCCAGGAGCCCCCAGCUCCGGACACCAGAGCAUAGAACACAGUCUACCCAGGUCUCCUCUGGUUCAUCCACCUACCUCCAGCUGCCCCCAAGACCCCCUGGCACCCAGGCUUCCAUGAUUUUGCUGCCAGGACCCCCUGUGGACUCAACUUUGCAUCAGAGCUUGGAGACAGAUACUUUGUUGACCAAGCUGUGUGGGCAGGACCGGCUCCUGAGGCAGCUACAAGAGGAUCUGGACAAGAGGCAGGAAGAGAAGGAGCAGCUAGAGGCAGCCUUGGAGCUGACCCGGCAGCAGCUGGGUCAGGCUACCCGGGAGGCUGCAGCUUCUGGGAAGGCCUGGGGUCGCCAACGCCUCCUGCAGGACCGGCUGGUGAAUGUGAGGGCUGCUCUGUGUCACCUGACUCAGGAGCGAGAGCGGGUUUGGGACACGUACAGCGGCCUGGAGCAGGAUCUCGGCACGUUAAGAGAGACUCUCGAGUACCUGCUGCACCUCGGGUCUCCCCAGGACCGUGCGUCUGCCCAGCAGCAGCUGUGGAUGGUGGAGGACACAUUGGCAGGUCUAGGUGGCCCCCAGAAACAGCCCCCACAUACUGAGCCCAAGUCUCCAUCCCCUGCACCCCAACGAGAGGAGUCCUCAGAGCGGGAGAGCCUUUCAGAGUCACUGGAGCUCAGCUCCCCUCAGUCCCCUGAGGUGGACUGGGGUCAACCCCCAGGAGGUGACAGAGCCCUCAGCAGCUCUCAGUCAGGUGUCGGGUCUCCAAGAGUCUCCCGGGCAUCCAGCCCUGAAUGUCGCCAACAGUCAUCUCCGCUGCUGAGAACUAAGGCCCCGCUGGCGCGGCCUAGGAUGAGCGCUCAGGAGCAGCUGGAGCGCAUGCGUAGAAACCAAGCAUGUGGGCUCUCUCUUCCUCGCCCUACCUCCCCAAGGCUCCUGACCCUGGGAAGGACACUAUCCCCAGUUCCACGCCAGCCUGACAUGGAGCAGAGGCCUAUUGUAGGAGCUGCGAAAUGGCUCAGGAGUUCCGGGUCAUGGAGUAGUCCUAGGCACUCCACAACCUACUCACCCGUGUCUGGAGGCCACCGGGAACGAGUGCUCAGCCUCUCCCAAGCUCUUGCUACAGAGGCUUCCCAGUGGCACAGGCUGAUGACAGCCUCUCCAGAGAGAAAUUUGGACACCAGGGGAGACUGUCUCCAGCCAAGUCCACAGCCUCCCAGUGAAGAGCUGCCCCAGGUCACCUCGUCCCCAACUUCUCACAAGGCUAACUCGGCUACCACAGGGUUCUCAUGCCAAGGGAGUGGGAGAGGCCUGGCUCCGUGGGAGCCCAGGUGGGACCCUGGGAAGGCCCCUCCAGCUCUGGCCCAGGAAGAGGGGGCAUGGCCCCUGAGAGUCACUCUGCUGCAGUCCAGCUUUUGACUCCUGCCUUUGCACUGGGUGCUAAAGGCUGGAAGCACAACCUUGAGGUGUGGGACCAUUCAGGACCACAGGGGAGAGGUUCAUUUCAGCCUGUGUUCUAGGAGGGCCGGGGCUAUGAUGGUCAAAGAUUGAUUAUCCCAACACUGUCCGAACUUGGAUUAAAACUUUGAACUAGUCAAUAAAUAGCUUUAUUCUCUC